UGUGUGUGUGUGCAGAUGCUGGCGCUCUGCUUGCUCGGACCGUCUCUGCGGAACGGGUGGAGUGUGAAUACGAGCCGCCAAUUGCUCAGCCGUAACGUUGACGAUGAUCCAUCCGCGACACCUAAUAAGGCGUUCGGGCUAAGACGGCGCUCACACUUGGAAUUUGUGUCCGCGGAGCUUUCCCUGCACCGCCACUCGCUGCCAAAGAACACAGGGAGAGGCAUCGGCACGUGCUUCCCGUUUGGAGCCACUCUCGCUGCUUACACCACUCGGGCCGCUGCUCAAUGCACAAGGCCAUCAUCACCCAGCACGGUUCCAUCCUCGAGCACUGACUUCUUCCCACUCCCGCCACCUCGCCACGAGCCCAACGCCAAACGCUACGAUCCAGGAUUCCCUACCGGCCCUGGCGUCGCUGCCUCUAUCGUCAGCAUGGAGGGGACAUGCCUGAGCUGUGUCAAGUACCUCAUGGUGUUCUUCAACGCCCUUAUCUUUCUGGCGGGGCUCUGCCUGGUCACGGUGGGCGUGUGGGCAGUGGCGGACCCUGGCGGGGUCGCGGAGGUCGUCUCCUCCCAUCAUCCCUUGCUGCUGAGGAGUGUGCACGUGAUUUUGGCCGUGGGGGCCGUGUUUCUGCUGCUGGGGCUCCUGGGCUGCUGCGGAGCUCUCUGUGAGAGCCGGAGGACGCUCACUUUCUUCUUCAUUCUGCUGCUGAUAAUCUUCAUGGUCGAGUUAGUUACGGCGAUCGUGGCAUUUGUUUUUCGAGAACAGUUAAACGAAGAUUAUUUUGCUCUCGAGCUCAAGAUGCGCUAUCAAGGAGACAACGCCACUGAUGUUUUCUCAAGGUUUUGGAAUUCAGCUAUGAAGACGUUCGGGUGCUGUGGGGUGCGAGGUCCCUCGGAUUUUUGGGAAGGGACCCUCUUCUGGCAGCUGUCCUCGGGCAAGAUUAUUCCAGAGGCAUGCUGCAAGGGAGACAUUCACGAAGAGAGUCAGGCCACGAUGGACAGGCUCAGAUGCUUGCUGGGGGACCCCCGACAUCGGAAUGAGCAGGGAUGCUACACGAAAAUUAUGCAGUCCCUUCACAACUACAUACUGACUGUGGGAGGAGUGGUCAUAGGGUUACUCCUAAUACAGCUGCUUGCCAUGUCCUUCACCCUGUGUCUUUUCCGAAGAAUGAUAUGAUUCAUUUCGUCCGACAACCAAAUUUAUUCAUUAUUAUCAUCAUCAUCAGAAAUCCCGAGAACCUACGACUCCUCUUUAAAAACUAAAAACUCCAGGGAAGCUAACGUUCUUCCGACGUUUAGCGGUGCGUGUUGACGUGGACAGUUUCCCACCACGCCUAAUUGUACAUCUGUAACAUACAAAUUGCAAUUUAUGAUUUCACUUAUGAAGGAGAUGGAAACGUCUCGCGCUAAUGAUCAUCUUUUCUACGCAGCACGUGUACAUAUUUACUGUAAUGUAUGGUGUGUCUUAAUUUUUGCUAUUACGUGUUUCUUAUGAAAUCAAAAUGUAAAACCUAAACAAUUAUUGUCGACGUAGUGGAGAGAUAGCAGCUUGCUGUGGAAAAUGAGACAUCUGCCAUUUAUUAAGAAUGCCGUGUAUCAGUGUAUGUGGUGAAUACGUUUGUUACAAAUAUCUUGUAGCUGCUAUUACUUUUGUAUACUGUGUAAUUAUUCCCCCCCAUUAAUCCUGCCAUUAAACGAAGCGAUUUAACUCCGGAGCUCUCAGUAAAUGAAUCCAUAUAUGUGCACUAAGUGUGAGCAAUGUGUUCAAGACAAGUAUUAUUAUUAUUCCGUAACAACUGGGUUGUUAAUGUUUAUACAUUUUUACAAAAUUUUGAUUACACCACAAAACUAAAAUGCGCAGCUGGUGUAGAUUUCAUGAAUCUUGUUUAAACGUUCAUGAUAAAUCUAUUCUGUACCCUUCACAGGAAAACUAAAGUGCAUUGCUUUAAAAAUAAUAAUAAUAAAGUUGUCCAUACUCAG